AUGCCCAUACCCGACCCGCCCGCGCCGGAGGCUGCCACAGCCACCGCGCACCCGCCUGAGUCGCCGCCCAGCAGCAGCGCCUUGCCGCCCGCCGAGGAGGAUACUGCCGGCGGGUUUGAGAGGCUGCGGAUCCUCGUGGUGGAGGACGAGGACUUUGCGGCGCGGGUCGUGCAGGCGCUCUGCGAGAAGUGCUCCUACGAAGUCACGAUCGCACGCUCGGCCGAGGCCGCACUCGACUUCCUCGCCGCCGACGCCGCGCGGCCGGCGACAGAGCAGUUCAACCUGAUCCUGGUGGACAUCGUGAUGGCGCCGGGCCGGAUGUCGGGCAAGGAGCUGCUGCUCGCGCUGCGGGUCGAGCGGGUCGAGCGCUGCGUCGUGAUGAUGUCCGCCAUACACCAGCGCGCCAUGGUCGAGGAGUGCAUCCGGUCGGGCGCAGAGUCGUACCUCGUCAAGCCGAUCCGGCUCGAGGACGUGGCGCGGCUGUGGCAGGUUGUGAUGCGGCACCACUUCGCGGCGCUCUCGCGCCGGCAGGCGCGGCAGCAGGCGGAGAUGGAGCGGCUGCGCGCCGAGACGCUCGCUGAGCGCGAGAGGGUGCUGCUCGACCGGCAGCGCGAGCGGAUGCAGCAGCAGAUGAUGCGGAUGCUGCGCUCGCAGAUGCGGCAGUACUGGCAGCUCGCGCAGACAUGCAACGACCUCAUCCUCCACGCCUCGCGCCAGGGCGUGUUUCUCUACAUGUCGCAUAAGUGCAAGCGGCUGCUCGGCUACGCGCCGACCGAGCUCUCCUCCUCGCGCGACAAUCGGCGCCGGGCGAGGGAGGAGACGCCCCUCGUGGCCGAGGGCGAGAAGCUCACGCUGCGGGUGCGCGCCAAGGACGGCGCGUUCGUGCCGCUCCGAUUCCCCAUGUACCCCGUCGCCGAGCCGGGCGAAGUCCGAUCCGUCAUCGGCGCGCCCGCCGUCGCCGCACUCUGCCUGGGCCGCAUCUGCGACCCUCGAGCGCCCGCCUCCCUCUCCUCGUCCCAGUCCGAGGCGUCCCUCUCCUCGAGCCACCCCGCCGAGUCGCCCUCGCCGCCGUCGCUUCCGGCGAGGAGCGAGUGGGCGGCCUCGCUCGCGCAGGCCGGGCCGCAGGCGGGGCCGGGGCAGGAGCAGAGGUCGGCGUCGCUCUCGCGGCUCCUCGCUGCAGCCUUCUCCACCAUCUCGGAGGAACUCGGCGAGGAGGGGGCGGCGGCGGGCGGCGAGGGCGCCAACGGCGGGGAGGGCGUCAGCGGCGGGGAGGGGGCGGGCGGGGACGCGGGCGGGGACGCGGGCGAAGGCGGCGGCAGCACGGCGGACGGCGGCGGCGAGGGCGGCGCGGAGGCGUUCGGCAAGGCGAAGCCGCCCUUCAGCCCGUCGCUGCCGAGGGGAGACGCGGCGCGCGCCGCGGCGAGCAGAGGAGGCGCCGCCCCAGGCUGGGCGCGCGCCGCCGUGUACCGCGUGCCAGCCGACCCGAGCGGCGUGCUCGCCGCGCUGCGGCUGCCGAGCACGCGCGUGGGCGAGGGUUCGCAGUGCGGCUGGCCGCCGCUGCACUUGGCGCUGCUGCGUGGCGAGUCGCACUUGCCGGCGCUGCAGCUGCUGCCCGCCGUGGUGCAGCUGCUGCUCGCUUCGCGCUGCGACGUCGUUAGCGGCCCUCCGCGCGUGCGGCACGCCGAGACGGCCGCCUCAAUGCUGCUCGGCUGCAUGCAGCCGCCGCAGCUGGUGGCCGCAUCCGCGACGGCGGCCCUGCUGAUGGCGGCGGCGCAGCAGCGCGCCAAGGAGGCGCUGGUGGCGUCGCCUUGGUCACAGCGGCUCGACAGUGAUGCGGCGGUCUUCAGCGAGCCGCAGCCGUACCGCGGGCGCGCCACGCGCCGCGGAGGCGGCGGCAAGAACCGCGCCGCCAAGGAGGCGGCAGCGGCGGCGGCGGCCGAGGAGGCGGCGGCAGUGGCGGCGGUGGGGAGAGGCGAGUGCACGACCGGGUCGACGGCGACAGUGGCGACGUCGCCGCCGCUCUCGACCUCCACCUCGUCGGUCGGGUUCGGCUCGGCCUCUUCACUGCCCGCUAAGAGCGACGACGCCGUGCCGCCGCCAGCGGCGCUGGCAGGGCUGGAGCAGGUGGCCGGUCUCACGGCACUGGUGGACCGGCUGCCCGAGGCGGCGCAGCAAAAGGCGCUGGCGUGGUGCUCGGAGAACGAGGUGCAUGAGGUGGGCCUCAUCGCCGCCGCCGGUAUCGCGGACGCUUUCGUCGCCGCGCUGGGCAUCAAGCCCACAGGCGUGCCCGCGCUGCUCUUGCGGCAGCGGCUGAAGAGAGACUAG